CAUCAUAAUGUCACAUGGUCUGUGAUUAGAAAAAAACAUUUUACUUCGUAUGCUGCUAUAAAACUGAUUCUGAGACGCUUUUCUGGAUGAAGUAUCAAGUAGUGUUAAAUGGCUGACCACCUAAGUUGUCAUUAUGUAUGACAAAAUAUAACACAUGGACGUUCUAGGAUUAUCCACUAACCGGUUCACAAUGACCAUCUGGAAUAUAAAGCAAUAGUCUGAUCCUUUUGAAGACAUGCAUCGAACGUCCGCAGUUCUUCUUCAGAUGACAAAGGAAACUGCAAAAUUGAUUUUUGAGUUCCGUGUCUUUUAGUGUGUUCAAGUCCAUCACACUUAUAAAUCAGCUGAAUAAUUUUCGUACGAAGGUCUGACCCUGAAAGCGCGCUUUUCGAACGGAAGUUUAGUCCUAACAUGAUUUACAUUUCUCAAACUUUUGCUGUGUUCUUACGCAACAAAAGUACCAUUUCCGAUCUAAAGAAUCUAUUCUGAGCUAUACGUUCGUAAAUCCUUUUAUCCUAAAUGAACGCGGUACACAGUGGGGAUGAGUGGAGUAUCGGUGGUGAAUUGGAAUUGGCUCAAGACUUCGAAGUCAUCGAUCUAAAUGAAUUGGAUUCUAGUUGUGGUUAUAUUUCGGAAGCAGAUGACUCAACAUAUAUCUCUUCGUUUCUUAAUGGUCUCGUAACUGAUGAAACUCUUUAUUCACGAUAUUUGAAUGGGGUUAUCAGUUUUGAUGAUUUAAUGCGUGAAAUGCACCACUCUACUACUCUGAACAAUGAUUCUUGCCGCAGUAGUGAUUCAGAUUGUUCUAGCAAAAACGAUGAUUCUGAAUAUACUACACGACCUAGAAGAUCUAAAAGACGACAAAAUCCUGAUACAGUUGGAAAGAAAAAACUGAAAUUAAGAGGACCUCUUAUUUCUAAACGUGCUCGCUUACCAAUUGAGUUAGCGCAAUAUCUUGGAGAAGCUGAGAGACAUUUGAACAAUGAUGAAUUUGAACACGCUGAACGUAUUUGCUAUCAGAUCAUUGACACAGCUCCCCAAGCUUCCCAACCAUAUAUUGUUUUGGCCGAAAUUAGUUUCCGUCGUGGGAACCAAGAAAAAGCCAAGGAAUUUUUAUAUCAAGCUGCUCAGAGGAACCCAUCUGAUCAAAAUACUUGGCUUACUCUAAUGGACUGGGCUGAAGAGGCUGAGGACUUCCCUCUUGCUAUACACUAUGCACGACAGGCCCUUCGAAGAAAUCGAGCUGAUACCUCAUUACGCCAACGUCUUAUUGACUUAUGUCAUGUAGCUGGUCGAAGCAGAGAGGCAUUACAGUUACGUUUGGCCGCUCUUUCAGUUACCCCGGAGUCUACGGGUGAGGAACAAUUUGAAGUUGCUCGAGAGCUAGCCGAUCAAUUUUUCAAACUACUUGAUCCACACAACUCGGUAAAAGCGUACGAAAAUGCUUUUGAACAAUACCCAGAUCAUGGGACGGAUAAUGAUCGAAAUUCCGCCUUAUCAAUCAUGCUUCAAAUGAAACGUUAUGAUCAAGCUCUAAAGUUUUUCACUUCCUUCUGUGGUGUCAAAUUGUAUUUAAACUCUGGGGAUUUAUUUGACAUGGACAGACAUUUAUCGAAGUUGUCGUCUGUGGAGAAAUUUAAAAGAUGUGAAUUCCCUGAUAAUAUGGCUGUUGAAUUACAGUUGAAAUUGUUUCUUAUUCUUGCACAUCUGGGACUUGGCCCAUUAGUUGUGUCCCGUGUUGAAUCAACGUACACAAAUGAAAAUAUUACAAAAUAUUCUGAUUGGCUUUUGGAUAUUGUCGUAGCUUACAAAGAAAAAAAUUUAUACUCCAUAGCAAUUCAGCUAAUUCUGAAACUCAAAAAAUCAAAUGUUACUUGUAAGUUGGUACAAGUUUGGACAUUACUGGCUGAAUGUUACUUAGAAGCAGGUGAAACAGAAAGUGCCAUCAAAGCCUAUCGCCAUGUCAUAGAAAAUCUUGAUCCUCGGCAUACCGGCGCACGCUUGGGUCUUGUGAAUCUUCUUAGACGCCUUGGUAGGAAUCAGGAAGCUUUAAAAUUCUUAAAUCCCUCAAAUUUAGUUCAAAAAGGUGUUAAACCCGAAAUAUCUUUGACCGAACAAUGUGAUUUAAUUGUACAGAAAAGAGAAAAAUCUCCAUUGAAAUCCAGUCACAGAUCAACUGCUAAAUCAUUUGCUUUUUCUGACUUACAAAGAACUUCAGUUGUUGGUGACGUCGAUAGUGAUGAGUGUUCGGUUGAGAAAGUUUGCCUAGAUAGUGACUGGCUCGAUGCAUCUGCUAAUCUUGUCUCCCGGGAUCAUGUGGCGUACAGAUUAGCCUACGAACGUUGUCGAAUGCUUGAUACACCAGAAAGUGUUGAUUCAUUUUUGGAAGAAGCUUGGGCUUUGUUGUUUAGCGAUGUGACACGUGUUUGUGGACCUAGAUUCACUCAACUUGCCUUAACUCUUGAUAGUGAACAGCACCGAAAAUUAGUGAUUGAUCGACUAGCUUCUGUUGCUCCGGCAUUGACUGAUACAUUAUCUAACCAGAUAGAUGCUGAACGUUCAACUACAGAAACAAAUGGUGUAAGCAGCUCAGAUAUUUGGGGAUUAUUUUUGCGUGUUGUUGAUGUUUUACGUGCUCGUUUGCCAAAAUCAUUGCCUCAAUUGGAAACAGCUACUGCAUGGGCUUCUUUAUUACCUCAUGUUCAAGGCAAUGAUUUACGUCGGUUAGCUGCAAGUCAUCUUUUAAUUAGCUCUUCACUUAUUGCACGUCAUGGCACACCAGCAUUUUUGGAAUUACGAAAAAUACAAAAACAGUGGAGUGAAUAUAACCAAUAUUGGAAUGUGAUGAAUCUGGCAAUCACUCUUUCACGUGAUUUUAAACACUGCAGAUUUUUGGAUCGUUUAGUUACUAAAGAUAGUUUGAAUUUGGCUAUUGGUACUAUUGCUAGUAGUGACACUUUGGUUCGAGGUUCAUAUCGUUAUGCUAUUGCCCGACUAAUCAAUAUGAGAGGAAAAUUUCCGGACGAUGCACUUCUCACUUUAUUACUUGCCGUUGGUUUUUUAAGUAUGGCCAUGCAGAAACAUAUUGGUUCACGUCAUCUUGCUAUUUUACAGGCUGUUGGUUUUCUUGGGGAGUAUAAACGUUUACGUGGUGAUUGCCAGGAGGUUUACUACAAUAUAGCACGUGCUUGUCACCAACUUUUGAUCACUCACAUGGCUAUUCAUUAUUAUGAAAAAGUCCUUGCUAUGGAGCCUAUCGGAAACAAUCCUGAAGAGAAGUCUGUUACUAAUCUGCAUAGAGAAGCUGCUUUCAAUUUAGCUCUUUUGUAUCGAACUAAUGGUAAUCCAGCAAUGGCUCGUCAUAUACUUCAAAAAUAUGUUGUCAUUUAAGAAUGAUGUGUUUAUAUUUUGUAAGAUUUAUUUACUUUUUACACACAAUAGUAUAUAUAAAAGUCCAACUCAAGCUUUUAAUUUUCCCUAAGAUAAAUACUAUUUGACAUUUUAUACGCUUUCAUCUUUAAAUAAAGAUUUAUUUUAAAUCAAAUUAUUAUUUCUUACUGGUAUAACCAAUUAGCUAUGUCAGCAUUAUAGACCAGCUUAAGUAUCACUUCUGUCAGCGAUUACUUUUUCGCUUCAGUUAAAGUUCAUUAAGCCUGAUUGCUUAUCUUAGAACUAGUUAUAUAGUAAAGUUCACACUUGUGGAAUAUUGUUCAUUCAUUCCAGAGUUUUCAGUACUUCUAAAUUCUUUCGAAUUUCAAAAUAAAGAUUUUAUUUCAUUGUGU